CGAGGGGUGUCUCCUCUGGAUAACCACCGUAUCCCGGGCUGGAGAGCUGCUGAGAUUUAACACUUCAUCACCUGCUGCCGCUCGGGAAGCAGCUUUGGAGCUUCGGCUUGUUUUUUUCUCCUACUUUGGGUACCACACAACCGCCACCGUGUCUCGCCAGCGAGCCAAGAUGUCCAAAGUGGCCAAAUACCGGCGACAAGUUAGUGAAGAUCCAGAUAUAGACAAUUUAUUGUCUACUUUGUCUCCAGAGGAGAUGGAGGAGCUGGAAAAGGAGCUGGAUGUGGUGGAUGCGGACGGGAGCAUCCCUGUGGACGGCAGUCAGACAAACCAAUCAGAAAACCCCUCACCUGGCCCUCAAAACUGUGACACGACGCUCAACCACCACGACAAGGACACCAGGAGGCUCCUGCAGCGGGAGCACUCGGUAGACGAAAGCAGGUUGAGCAAGAAUAAGGGAGACAAAAAUCAAGACGAAAAAGGAAAGGAAUCUUCUUCCAAAGACCUGGCCCAGAAACGAGAUACUAAAGUGGGGAAAGACUCUAAAAAGGAAGAAAGUGUUUCGAAAACAGACCUGAAAGGUAAAGCUGAGACUGAGACCAAGAGCAAAGAGAAUAAAGCUAUGAAUGAUAAAGUCAAGGCCAUGGAGAAAAAGCUUAUGGGGAAGGACAAGAAGGAAGAAGAGAAGGGUUCAGUGUUGAGGAAGGACACAGGGAAGGAAAAAAAGGAGGAAGAGAAGAGCUCAGGGUUGAAGAAGGAUGCAGGGAAGGAUAAAAAGGAGGAAGAUAGCAGCUCAUCUUUUAAAAAGAAGGAUGCAGGGAAGGAUAAAAAGGAUGAAGAGAAAGUCUCAGCAGAAAAGGAGGAGACAGAGAAGGAAAAAAAGCAAGAAGAAGAUUCAGCAUCAAAGGACACAGGGAAAGACAAAAAGGAGAAGAGUUCAGAAUCAAAGAAACAUGCAGAAAAAGACAUUAGAGGGGAAGGUAAGAAAGAAAAUUAUAAAAAAGAAGAGGAAAAGGCUUCAGCUCUGAAAAAAUCCAAGGCAGAUGAGAAGGACAAAUCCCAGGCAGAAGCAGAAAAGGCAGAAAAGGUGGAGGAGAAACAGGAGGCCAAGGCAGGAGCAGGAAGCAGUCCUUCCAAGCCUUCCUCCAGCAGCUCUGCAGAUCAAGCCAAGGACGACGAAGCCUCCAGCAUCUUUGACGAGCUCAUCGAGAAGGUGAAGAACAAUGAUGCUGAGGUGACCGAGGUCAACGUGAAUAACUCUGACUGCAUCAACAACGAGACCCUGGUGCGCUUCACCGAGGCCCUGGAGUUCAACACUGUGGUCAAGGUGUUUGCCCUGGCUAACACCCGCGCUGAUGACCACGUGGCCUUUGCCAUUGCCAUAAUGCUCAAGUCCAACAAGGUGCUGACAAGCAUCAACUUAGACUCCAACCACAUCACUGGCAAGGGUAUCCUGGCCAUUUUCCGGGCACUGUUGCAGAACAACACGCUGACAGAGCUACGUUUCCACAACCAGCGGCACAUCUGUGGGGGAAAGACAGAGAUGGAGAUUGCCAAGCUCCUGAAGGAGAACACCACGCUCUUGAAGCUGGGCUACCACUUCGAGCUGGCUGGGCCACGCAUGACCGUCACCAACCUGCUGAGCCGAAACAUGGACAGGCAGAGGCAGAAACGCCUCCAGGAGCAGAAACUGGCACAGGAACAGGGCGAGAAGAAAGUCCUCCUGGAGGUGCCCAAGGCUGGACCACUGUUGAAGGGGUCCCCCAAGGCAUCCCCGCAGCCAUCUCCCAAGGCUUCCCCCAAAAGCUCUCCCAAGAAAGGGGGGGAACCUGCCAUGCCACCCCCACCUCCUCCUCCGCUCGCCCCACCACUGAUGAUCAAUGAGAACCUGAAGAACUCGCUCUCGCCAGCCACGCAGAGAAAGUUGGGAGACCGGGCGCUGCCAGUCCAGGAGAAGAACUCUCGGGACCAGCUCCUGGCAGCCAUUCGCUCCAGCAACCUCAAACAGCUCAAGAAGGUGGAGUUGCCGAAGCUGCUGCAGUAGGGAGCGGGAGGACUUUUUCCCUGCAGCCCAUGGCAGACCCCCAGACUCUCACCUUUCUCAUGACCAUUUCCAUGACAAGCCCUUUGGAACCUGCAGUGAUCGACGCCAAGGAGCAGGGAUCUCUCUGGGACACAGAGGACAGGCCAGGCCCAGCAGGACAAGAUGGAGGUUGUGUUUAUUUUUUGAUGGUUGUGAAGCCUUCAAGCUCGCUCUUCUACCAGCACCGUGCCCCGCUGGAGAUGCCAAGAAAAGAGCAGGGGUCUGCAGAGCUGAUCCUUAUGGAAAUCCCCUGUCAGAGCAUAAGGAAGGGGUUUGACACCCUCUAUCCAGGGUCCAGCCUGGGGUGAGCAGGAGUACCCCCAGCCCUGGGGUGGAGCAGGGGACACCCAGACCAUCAUCACAUCACCACAAGGUGUCUGGGUGGCCAGCAGAGUUUUGGGAUUAAGGUGCAGCAGUGGCUGCAGAGUCGGGGGUUCAAGCUUGACAUCAGGAGGAAUGGGAGGGUUGAAGAAAGGAGCAGCCAGGGAGAGAGGGGGCAUGGAAGUGGUGGGACAUGGGGAGCCAGGCUGGAGCCAGGAGCUCGGGGCAUCUUGUACGCACCCACAGCACUGUGGAGGGACCCCCAGAGCCCUCAGAGCAUGGAAAUUAAAUCCACCUUACAGAGAGUAGGGAAAGCACCGG